AUGACAGUUCACGCCAACGAUGGACAGACCCAUUGUUGGGGCCUACAAGGAGAAAAUCCACUGAUUGCAAAGGGACCGGCUAGCUCCCUCGUGAAAUCAGAGUACUUAGGGGCCGACGGGGGACGUCUUAAGAUUACUGAGGCAGAAAUGCAAGACAUGGAAUCUAAAGGACUCCGGAUUCCUCCUGCCAAUGCUUUUAUAGCACCUAGGAAUGACAAGAGCGGCACGGGUAGUAUUUACAACUGGUAA